AUGUUGUCCCGCCAAAGCAAAGAGAGAAGCAAAACGCUGAUUCCGUACUUACUGAGCCAGCAUGACGCAGUACUCUCUGGCAAUCAAGAAACCGUCGACCUAAGCACUGCAGAGAAUUGGCUGAUAAAGGAUAAAAUACUGGAAGGCCUACCAAAGGCGUUGGAGAGUUUUGACAAUUCUGAUUUAUCAUACGCUCAAGGUAUCGGCGGGUGCUCGAAAACAAGAGAGCGCCUGUCUGCAUUCAUUAAUGAGCAUUUCAACCCAUUCUCCAAGGUUGAUUCAUCGGAAAUUGUUCUGGCGGCGGGUGGCAGUUUUGCUCUGACGGCGCUUGCGCAGCAAAUAUGUGACCCUGGGGAUGGAAUACUCAUCGCGGCUCCAUACUGGGCCGGACUAGAUAUCUCCCUAAGCGUACAUCAUGAUGCAAAGGUCGUUCCUGUUCAUAUACCGUUGGAUGAAUUUUUCGAUGUGACAGGCGUAAAAUAUUACGAGGCUGCACUGAAGAGCAGCCCUGUUCCCGUCAAAGCUGUGCUGGUUUGUAAUCCGCACAAUCCAUUGGGCAGAUGCUACCCAAGGGAAACGCUGCAGGCAAUGGUAGACUUCUGCUCUCGCAACAGCCUGCAUUACAUUUCCGAUGAGGUCUAUGCCCUGUCCUUGCAUAGACCUGUGGAACAUGACUAUGUCCCGUUUACAUCGGCUCUGUCACUCGACGGUGGAAAGGGCUUGGUUCAUGUGAUAUACAGUCUUAGCAAGGAUUUUGGAUGUAGCGGACUCCGUCUGGGCGCAUUUAUCACACAAGGCAAUGAAACCGUUCGUCUGAGUGGUGCACUGAACACUCAUAGUCAGACAUCAACCAUGGCGACGUCAAUGGCUUUGCGGCAUUUCCUGAGGGAUGAUAUCGUGACACACAUUCAAACCGAGGGAGCAGAGAAACUUACCACUGCUUACCAUAAGAUACGCGACUUUCUAGCUGCACGGCGCAUUCCGUUCUCUCAAGCACCCUAUGGCCUGUUUGUCUUCGCGAGACUUUGCCUCAGUGACAGUGUCGAAAGCGAGAAAUUACUGAAUCAGUGUAUCAAAAAAGCUGGCGUAGCAGUCUCUACUGGCACAAGCUACCAUUUUAACCAGGCUGGUUGGUUCCGUAUCUGCUAUGCUGUUCCGCCGGAGCAACUGGAAGAAGGCUUGCGAAGGAUUGAUAAAGGCAUGACGAUGUUUCAUGACCUGAUUUCUCAGGCCGAUAGUACUUUAUCCGCGUAG